AACUUUCCCAUUUCCACAACUUGGAAAUCGAAAUCCAUUUCGAAUUUUGGUUAGCAGCGAUUUCAAAUUCCAAACGUAAGAAUUAUGGCGGGAGUGAAUCAGGCGUGUAUCUUCUGUGAGAUCGUGCGAAAUCCAACCACUACUCGUCUCCUUCACACCGAUGAGAAAGUCAUCGCCUUUCAAGACAUCAAGCCUGCAGCCCAGAGGCACUAUUUGGUGAUUCCAAAAGAACAUAUUCCUACUGUGAAUGACCUUCAGAGAAGAGAUGAAGACUACUCACUUGUAAGACACAUGCUUAGUGUGGGACAACAACUGUUGCAGAAAGAUGCUCCUCAAAGCAUUCAUAGAUUUGGUUUUCACCAGCCACCAUUUAACAGUGUUGAUCAUCUCCAUCUCCACUGUUUUGCAUUGCCUUAUGUGCCCAGAUGGAAAGCCAUCAAGUACAAGUCUUUGGGACCUUUGGGUGGAUUUAUUGAAGCCGAGACACUGCUAGAGAAGAUAAGGCCUCUUCUUUCAAAGGGGUUUGUACUGGUUGCAGUGCAUGAGAUCAUCAUCAUCAUCCUAUUCCAGCUUAACUGGUGCAGAUGUGUUCUUGCGACAUCAUAGUUAUCCACAUAACAGGUAAACACGUCUUGAAUGAACUUGUACGUUAGUAGUGACCUUUCUGUGUUGUGAUCGUGUGAGGUGGAAACAGUAUAGGUCAUGCUAACAAAUUUUAGGAGGUAUUAAGCACUGUGAUUAGGGGAACAAAAGAGAUUGAAAAUCUAGCAUUAAGUUUCAGACUAUCGCCUAUACUCAGGCGGUUCAGAUUACUCGUUUUCCCUUGUAGGGGGAUCCUUAGGUAUCAAUAGCAUGGAUAAGACUUUUGGGUGAUCAUAACUAAAAACCUGAGCUUAUCUAAGUACUAGAUGCCAUUGAGACCAAAUCUUCUCUGUUCACACUUCACAUGCAACUUGUGUAGUUAGAUAGAAGUACAGCUUGCAGUUGCACUGCCUUUAGCUUCUUUGAGUGAUGAUUUGGAUGCGGGAAUACAGUUUCUAAGAUAGUUUUUUCUGAGAUUUGUUAUGGUAUAACAUUCUGGGGACGUUUGAUAGGAACCACUAGAAGAAGUCAAGUAUAUGAGAUAACAAAGCAACAAAACUUCUUAAUGGUGUUAUGUUCUAAAUGAGUAGGAAAUUGCAAUAAUUGAAAUUCUUGGGUUGCCAUUGUCUUGAAGUAUUUAGGCCCACAAAUUAUAAGCAUUUUUUGGAUGGAUCUACUUGUAAUCCUCAACCACCCCUGUCAAAUACCAACUCUUUGUUUGGUUCUUGCUCUGUUUUUUAGUUCAUAAAGUCUAUAUACGACAUAUAGACAUCAACAAAGCUUCUUAUUUUCCUGAUAUUUUAAACCGGG